AUGGCCGAGUCGCCGGCAUGGAUGUUCACCAAGGCGCUGACCCACCGGCAGAAGGUCUGUCGGCUGUACAAGAAAGCGUUGCGCGAGAUUGACAACUGGUACGGCGGCGACAUGCUCGAGGUCCGCUUCCAAAAGGUCAUCAUGAGGGCCCGUUUUGACGCGAAUGCCGAUGAGGGGGACACCCGAAAAGCCCAACUAAUGCUGGCCGAUGGGUGCAGGCAGCUCUGGGAGAAGCGCCACUUCAAGCCCUUCCGCUUCGCCAUGGACCCGAUGGGCUCCUCCUACGACCGUGAGCGCGAGUCGCCCGACCAGAUCGUCGACAGUCCACAGUGGACCCUGCCGGAGAAGGAGCAAUUCCCCUACUACUUCAACCGCCGCGAGCAGCGCAAGAAGGAGCUGCUCCAGCACUGGAGCAAGAUUGAGAAGGACUGGGACAGCGAGCUCUCAAAGCUGCAGACGAAGCUCCCGGAGGAAAAGCCCGUCCAGAAGCAAUUC